AUGAAUGCACUCCAUCCGCUCGACCUUCCCGCCGAGCCCCUCCAGGAGUAUCCCGAGGAGGAGAAGGCCUUCAUCAUACCCACCGAAAAGUCUUCAGUCAUUGCUAGCGCCUCUAUCCCAGCGGACCCCGUCGAGCACGGCCUCCGUGUGCUGUACCGCUGCCUCCUCUCGACCCCCUUCUUCGGGGUGGUGCAGCAGACGUUCUUCCGGGGCAAUGUCACCUGCGCGGACGUGAUGCUGGAGACAGACAGGUCGAAGAUACGGAAGGUGGAAGUGGCGGACCUGAAGGCCUUCGUCCGGAAGUACCUCGACCCUCUCAGGAGCUUCCACUUCGGCUGUGAGUACAACCAACCCAUCCACCGGGAGCGGAUCAUGACCCACGGCUUCGCGCCCGCCUUCCGCGUGCUGAGCCUGGACAUCGACUCGGCGAUGAGCGUGGAGCCCUUCUGGAAGCAGCAGGCGUUCAUGACCUGCCUCCUCGCGAACGCGGUGCUGCGGCGCUUCAUGCCCGCGGAGGCGACCGAGCGCCACGUGCUGGUGUGCUUCACCGGGGGAGGGUGGCAUGUCUACUUCGCCUGCGCAAGGCUGGCAAAGAGUCAGGCGCGGUGGGCGAUCGUCGAGAACAUCUCCCGCGCCUCGCUGUUUGCGACGGAGCGGGGUGGGGGCAGCAACCCGCGCUUUCGCCGUGACAGGGAGGGAUUCCUGCAGCUUCCGUUCGGCUGUGAGUGGGUGGAUGGGGACCUGUUGCAUAGGCGGGUGGACGAAGCCCCUGAUGUCGUCUGGAAAUCGCGGGAGGAUAUAGCCUUGCUAGUGGAUAACCUGGGUUACUUCCUGCGGGACACGCAGGGGAGGCAUCGGGAGUGGCUGGGGGAGAAGGGUCCCAUCGUCUCCGUCCUCCGAAGCGUGCGCCACAUCCCCCAUACACUGGAUGUCAAGGAGAGAUUGGAUGGCCUUGUGCGGGAGGUGCGGGAGGGAAGGGUGAGGCUGAUGGGUCCGCUGUUCUCGUCGCUAUCCCGCAUCUCGCAGUUCGAGAACAUGCAGGCGAGGAGGAGUUGCGUCGCCGACGCGGCUUGGCUCAAGGGCGCGGUGAUGUACGCCUGCAUCAGCCAUGAUUGCUUCGUGAGCGGCUACCAUGUCGACCAGAACUGCGGCCAGAUGCAGCAGAUGCUCCGCGGCCCUCUCUCCGCCAAGGUGAGGGCCUCGGGGGGGUGCUUCCUGUCCUACCCCAUCGGGAAUCUGUCGGAAGUGCUCCAGGCGACCUACAAGGAGGCCGUCGUGCGCGUCACCGACCUGUCCGAUACCUACGACAUCGAGAAGCAGCCAAUACUGAAGAAGGGCCUCGUCAGGUUCUACGCCUGGGCAAGGCUAAUGCGCCGGAGUACGAAUCGAGGAAGGGAUGCCGAGGAUAACGAUUAA